AUGGCGUCUGCAUCUUUUAGCUACACAUCAAGAGAUAUCACCACAUCGAGUACAUGCCAAAAUUUCCUCAUUCCCAUCAACGUCACGAGCAUCAGAUUUCUUCUCGAUAUUGAGAUUAAUGAUGAUUGGGACGCUGUGGAUUACAUCUUCAACGCUACUCGUCGCGACACACUGACGGCUUUCCAACCUAUAGUUGGGAACGUCACAGCUGCUUCUCAGUACAACAUCGGCGCCACAUUCUGUGCUCCAAAGACGAAAGGAACGAAAUCUGAGACUGUGUUAUUACUUACACAUGGGUCGAUGCAAGGUCGAGAGUAUUGGAAUCCUGCAUUCAGCGGCUCCGACCCUUACAACUUCGUUAAACACGCUCUUAAUGCGGGGUAUUCUGUGUUUCUUUACGACCGCAUCGGAAACGGACAAUCAUCUAGACCGGAUCCGGUGACAGAAGUCCAAUACCCCGUUCAAGUGGAGAUGUUGACAACUCUCGCCAAACUGGUAAAGACUAGACAGUCGCUCUACACGCUCGGAGUCAAGGUCAACAAAAUUGUCCACGUUGCGCAUUCUUUCGGCUCUUUCAUCGCUCUCUCCUCUACCGCCAGCAGUCCAACGGGACUCGUGGAUGGUGUGGUCUUAACUGGAUUCUCGGGAUACUUUCAAUGGCUAAGCCUCUUCACAUCUGGCGGCCAAGCACGCGUGGCCGCGCUUUCGCAACCAUCGAAUUGGGGUUCUUUGCCUCACGGUUAUUUGACACCAGUUGAUAUUUACGCACUUAGUUAUGGGGGGUUCAAAUCGCCAUACUUCGAUCACGGUAUUGCACAAUCUUUGUUUGAUCAGCAGUAUCCGUUUGCGAUUGGAGAGUUGUUGAGUGCUGGUGCUACUGUGCUGAACUUAUCUGCGAUUGAGGUUCCUGUUCAGGUUGUCGAGGGAGCAUACGAUCUGACGGCAUGCGGCGGUAAUUGUAUUGGUGUUGUUAACGAGACGGCUUCCUUCUUCCCAAAUUCCAAGAACGUGGAGGUAAAUGGCUCUUUCAAUGCUGGGCACUUUUUAAAUUACCACUACGAUCCACCUCAGGCGUUUGAUUUGAUAACGAGUUUCGUUGAUAAAAGCGGUCUUUAA